ACAGAGCACAGUGUCUUUCGUGUUGCCCUCUGUGUUGAUAUGUCCUGACAGUUUCUGUAGUCUCAUCAGUCAGCACAGCCGGGACCCCGGGAAGGAGACAUCAUGAUCUCUACUUUGAUAGUGCUGUUUCAUCUUGGGCUGAGUCUGGAACCCAGAACCACAACGAUGGCAGGACAAUUCCCCAUACCCACCAUCUGGGCUGAGCCAGACUCCGUGGUCACCAAGGGACAGUCUGUUACUAUCUGGUGUUUUGGGACUGAGGAAGCCCAGGUGUACUAUCUGUAUAAAAAGGAAGGUUCAAAAUCCUUGAAGCCACAGACUGUGUUUGAGCCUGGGAACAAGGCCAACUUCUCCAUUCCAUUCACGACAGAGUACCACGCAGGACGAUACCACUGCUACUAUUACAGCCCUGCUGGCUUAUCAGAACAGAGCAACACCCUAGAGCUGGUGGUGACAGGAUUCUACAGCAAGCCCAAUAUCUCAGCUCUGCCAAGCUCUCUGGUAACCUCAGGAAAGAAUGUCACCCUCCAGUGUAGCUCACAUCAGAGAUAUGGAAGUUACAUCCUUACUAAGGAAGGAGAAAAGAAUGUGUCCUGGACUCAGAACUCACAGAAACACCCCAAUGGACAUUUUCUGGCACUGUUUCCUGUAGGACCAGUGACUUCCAAACACAGAUGGGCCUUCAGGUGCUAUGGAUACUACAAGAGCACCUCCCAGAUGUGGUCAGUACCCAGUGAGAUCCUGCAGCUCCUCCUUUCAGAUUCACACUCACAAGAUCACACAGUGGAGAAUCUCAUCAGGAUGGCUGUGGCUGGCUUGAUUCUGGUUGUUCUUGGGAUUCUACUGUUUGAAGCUCAAAAGAGCCAGAGAAGUCCUCAAGAUGCAGAGUUUAGGUGAAUAGUGCAUCUCUUAAUAUGGUAGAGACUUGGAGAUGAAUCUACCAAGUAGAGAAUAAUCAUGGAAGAAAAUUUGUGGCACAAAUUUUCUUUGGAGCACACUGUUGAGUGCUCCAAAGAGAACAUCAUAUUUGGGUGCAGGGGAAAUGUCAGAGAGAUCUGUGAAAAGAACUCCACACCCAUUCAAUUGGGACAGUGUGGUGACUUGAAUGAGUUGGCCUCCAUAGUCUUAGGCAUUUGAAUGUUUGGUCCUCAUUUGGUGAUGCUGUUUGGAGAGACUUAGGAGGUGUGGUCUUUUUGGAGGAAUUGUGUAACUGAAUGUUUAAAGACUCUCAUCAUUUCUAGCCCACUGUUGUGUAUCCAUUUCCUCCAUAAUCCAUCCUGCAGGAAAUCUUAAGUCAGAAGGCAAGCAACUCAAAAUAGCCUCAGGAAGGCCCCAAAAGUGACCAGAUUCACUAGGCCCCUUCUUCCUAAGAGUUAACAAGAAGAGCUGGUGAGAGUCAGUUAGACAAGGUAAGCUGCAAAGAAGAAUCUGAGAACAGAGCAGCUACCAGGAAGAAUAAACAAAACAAAU